GGCUGGGCUGGCUGGACUGGCAACAUCGAGUGUCAACGGAAGUUGGCAGCUGGCAGUUGGCACCUGGUGCCCUAUUACUUUCAACGAACCUUUUGCGCAGAAGCUUUCCCCAUAAUAUUGUUGUGCAUCGACGCCUUCGCGGGACGACUAGACAUGCGUAUCGUAUCAACUCUCUGCAUUGCGACAAUACUCUAGGCUACAAUACUCCAUUCUUCUUGGCGUUGAUUUUUCAGUGCGGGAUGUUCGUCUGCUGAGGUAAUUCGGUUAUUCUAUAUCGAUAGGUACCUACCUAUUGACCAAAGAGGAUAGGUAGAAAGGUUUCCCUCUCCUAUCCGUCUUACAUUAUUAGUAGCGGUACCAACAAUCCGCGUCGGACAACCCACAUAUCAUCAACCACCAUCGCAUCGCGUCAAAGGCCCUGCAACCCCAUCAUCCCAGCAGCUAAAAGCUUAUUGACUUUUCCAUUGAUCGCGCAAUACGGCAAGCUAUAAGCUGCAACACCUCGGUUCGCUUCUGGAUGCGCCCGCGAUCCUUUUUCCGUCGCGGCAAUGGAAAAUAAGAGGAAGGCUAGCGGUGCAAAUGGCAUCGACUCGUCGGCAAAUGACUCUAAUGACCGAGCUGCUAAGCGUCGCAGACUAGUAGAGGAAUUCGGGGAUCUCAUGAAUGGCGAGACUAAAGAAUCAACUACUGCGUACGGAUUAAAUAUUUUGGAAUCAAUCAGAGCUACUACCGACAAGAAUGGCCGUCCAGUUUCACCUUACUUUGAGAAGCUUCCUUCCCGAAGCAAGGAUCCGGAAUAUUACCAGAAAAUACGCCUUCCUCUCUCCUUAGAAUCGAUCGAACAAAAGUUGAAGAAUGGCGAAUAUACCAACUUGUCUGCACUGGAGGGCGAUCUCAAACGUAUGGUUCAAAACUCAAAAGAGGUCAGCGAGCGCACGUCUAUGACUUUUGGCGAUGCCGAACGAGUGCGUAAAGCUGUUAGCAACUUGAUGACAAAACACAACCCUGCGUAUAAGACCGGCACCUAUACUGCUGUUGCUACUCCACUACCACCAACCCCCGAGCCAGACGAUAAUGAAGGCGAUGAGGAUGCCGAGGGUGAAGAAGAGGAAGAGGAAGAGAAUGACGUCAGCGUACAGAAUCUACAGACCAGUCGGGAAACCGAUACGGAAGAGGUAGCCCAAGAUGAAGAAGCCGAAAAUGAAGAAGUUGAAGGUGAGGAGGGUGAGGAAGAUGAAGAAAUUGAUGAAGAGGAUGAGGAGGUCGACGAGGAUGACGAAGACGAAGAGGAUGAAGAGGAUGAAGAUGGAGAAGAUGGAGAAGAUGAAGAUGGCGAGCCAAGCCCGGCAGCCCGAAAACGGCGACGACCUGGCCGACCACCGAAGAAUCCUGUUGCGCACGCUCGAAAAGUCGCAGCCCGCGGACCGACGCCAGGCAAAGCUGAUACUCACUAUGAAGAGGUCUCAUACAAGGGCUUGACCUUUCAACAAGCACAGGAGAAGAUCGUGGAGGAGCUACUCCGAAAGAAAGACGAUACUGGCGAAUAUCCGUAUUUCGAGCCGUUCAUCUACCUACCACCUCGAUCCCUUAGGGACUAUUACGAGGUCAUCAAGGAGCCAUUGUCGCUCAAGGCGCUACAGAAACAAGUCCGAGGUCAACAUGGCAGAGGAGGGGCAACGUACAUGACCGAUUUCAAGAGUUGGGCUACUUUUGAGGACCAGGCCAGUUUAAUCUGGAAGAAUGCCUACCAUUACAAUGAAGAUGGGAGUGAAAUCUCCCUCAUGGCCCAGGAGCUUGAACAACUGUUUCAAGAGCAACUGAGGGAGGCCAAGCUUCAUGUCCCAGAGCCGCCUCAGCCACAGCCGAAGAUCAAGCUGAAGAUGCCGCCCAACUCGGAGACUCCUGUACAUCCUAAGAAGAUUACCAUUCACGUUGGCGGUAAGAAUAGCGCUACAGGAUCGCCGGCCCCGGUGACAGGCCAAUCCGGCGAAGGGGAGAUCACUCGUAACGGUACACCUAUAAGUAAAAACCCCUUUGGCGGUUCGACGGCAACUUCGGUCAGCCUGAGCCAACUCGAGAAGGCCAGAAGCAUGUCAGCUUCUGCAGGCCCUCCUAGUCCGUCGGCCGCAGGACCAACGAAGUCCGAGGAUGCCGUUCGACCGUCCCCAGCGUUCACGAACCAUCAGCAAUUCGCACCCCCGGUGAUACCACCUGCUUCGAAUGCUCUACCUAGCGCUCUGCCGAACUCCCUACCUAACGUUAUACCAAAUGGUGCCCUUCCUACGCCGACGCCGCCGCCGCCACCGCCGCCACCACCACCAGCUCCAAAGUUAUCGGCUGCAGAAAUCCUUGAAGCCCAGAAAUACCGACCGCAUCCAAUUAAGGAAUCGGAAGCUAUCAUGCCCAAGCUUAUCAUCAUGUCUCAUCCUGAACUCCAGAUUGAGAAUCGAAUGUCAAUCACGAUUCCGGCUAGUCUUACUGAAACCCAGCAAGAGCUUGUUUUGAAUGCCCCUACCAGUUAUUACCGCCUCCGACUUAAGCCAGAGGUGGCACCAUUCUUGGAGGCUCAACAGCGUGAAUGGAAGUUGAAUGUGAUACAUAAUGGUGCGCGUCUAUACCCUCCCCAAAGUCAGCCUAACAAACCAGGCGAACCGGUUUUCGACGUUACUCUACAGUUUGGCCUUAAUCGCCUCGAAGUAUCUUUGGUAGCAGCCCUUCCGAAAGGCCAGAAGGCACCCAACGGAUUAACUAUGGAAAUGGAGAAGUUCGUGGUACAUCUUAAUGUACUUAGACAUUGAUAGCGGGCGUUUUGAUUGAACGUGCUGGCAACUAGAAUAUAGUUCAGUCGUUGUCUUACAUGGAAUUAUUAGUCUGCGCCUCUUACGGUUAGCUUUUGGAGUUGUACUCGGUGGAAUCGGAACGAAUAGGUUCAAACUAGUCAGGUACAUUCUGGCCAAUGAGGCAAUCUACAUAUUUGUACGUCUAGGAGGUUCAUUGUGGUGGAAACUUGGUGGCAGUCGCCCUAACAAUUUUGGGAAUGACUCGUCAGUUAAUUGCGUUGCCUUAGUUUUAGUUAUAAGAAUGAAUCUCAAUUCUUGCAAA